AUGAGCCCAGUAUGCACGCGGAAGGAUCCGCGGCAGCAACAAGCCUUUUGCCCCAUGAGCAUACCCGUGACGCACCAUGCUCCAGUCAGCUUGAGACCCGCAGCCGGGCAUGACCGGGCAUAUCCCCAAAACGACGAAUGGAACAAGUAUAAGCCUCUAUUGAGGAGGCUAUACUUGGACGAGAAGAAGACCCUUGUUGAAGUGAGGGAUCUCAUGAGGACACAGUACAAAGCCAAGAUGUACAAGACACGAUUCAUAGCCUGGGGCUGGCGGAAGAACAUCAAGUUAACAGCGGGCCUCGAUCCUAAAGUAGUGCAAGACACUCCCUACGAGGACUCUGUCAGGCCCGGCACUCAGAUCCGCCUGGCUAAUGGACAAGUCGUCGACACAUCCCGCCUCCAGAAGCACCUCCGGCGGAAGAGAGUCGUCACAAAGGUGCCGCUUACCGCGGUGGUUCGGCCGCCAGACAACCAUCACGUUUCUGAGGCGGUCUUCGCCCACACGCGCACAUACGUCUUUGGUCGGCAUGAGAGGGAGAUUGCCAACCUGACAGAAGCGCUCAGCAUCAUCUCGCUCGACCGGCCGAGCACUACCCGGUGGUUUAAUUUUACGGGCGGGAUCAACGAGGCAAUGAGACAGAACAACGUGAGCCAGGCUCUCGUCCAGAUGCGCAAGGCGCCUGAUGAGAUCGCCAUCAUGUUCAAGUCCCAGCCCAGCACAACAAUCUGCAACAUAUUCAUGCUGAUCGUACAGCUGAAUCGCUAUGCGGAAGCCACCGGCGCCGAUGCUGAACAGUUUAGGGUCCUCCUCAAGGCGCUACUCAAAUACGCCGCGUCUCUAGGAUUCUCCGGCGCUCUGGGCAUGCCGAGCUCACACCCACUACCUCAUCUCAUGCAGAGCCUAGCAGUUGUCCCGCACAGCGACCUGAACGAGGUAGCGAUCAGGGCGUGGAAGGUGACGUGUCAAGCAUGGGCCGAGAUGGCCUUUUCCAACUACUUUUCAGCAGUCGGCACAAAGUCACUCGCGACUUGGCUCCGCGUCGGAGACCAGGGCGAAAUGGACGGCAUGUGGUUCUUUCAGCUCAUAGAGAUGAUUAUUGACGAGCAAUUGGCGGCCUACGAACAAAUGUUCGGCACGCGUGACUACCGAUAUAUCGAUACCCUCCUGGCCAAGGCCGAGCUGCUGUCGUAUGUAGAUAUGGCUAAAGGGGCUGACUGUUACCAAGACCCGAGAGUCAUCGCUCUGUAUGAGCAAAUGCUGGUCAAUGGAGCUCAAGGGCCUCGGAGGACUGCCGCUCUGAGAUUUCUUGCGAGAGGGGACGCGAAAGCAUGA